AUGAGCACGUCGCUCGACAAGCUGGUUACCACCACGCCGUCGGUGCGUUUCGCCGACGAGGUCGUCGACCUGGAGGCGGAGGCGGGUCCGCCGCAAGUCACGUUCGGGCGGUCCACGUCGUUCACGUCGCACAGCUCGUCCGGCGAGACGGAGGCGGCGCGGCGGCUGGCGGUGCGGCUGCUGAUCGGCGGCGCCAAGGAGGAGGGCGGCGGGGAGCCGCAAAAGGAGGGACGCGAGCGACGCCGUCGCCACGGCAGCAGCAGCAGCGGCGGCCGCACCAGCAGCAGUGGUAGCGGCAGCGGCAGCGGUAGCGGCAGCGGCAGCGGCAGCGGCGGCGGCGGCAGUGGGGAGGCGCGAGGGUCGUGGCAGAAGCACCGGAGCUAUUCGUUGAAUCAGGAGUGGUCGGGGGGGAAGCCCGUGUCGCGAUCCAGUGGGGGCGGCUCGGAGACGGAGAGCGCAGACGGAUCGAGCAAAAGCGAGAAGCGAUCGCUGGCGAAGGAGGUUACAGCGCUUCGACGACAACUCGCGGAGUUUCAAGCUGCGAAUCAGGACCUUCUAGACGAGCUGGACCGCAAGUCGCUGGCGGUGGCGGCAGCGGAGGAGGCGGUGCGGGACGCGCGGGCGGAGCGCGACCUGAUGGCGGCGGAGAUGGAGGCGGCGCUGGGCACGUGGACGCUGGCGGUGGACGAGGCCAAGGAGGCGGCGCACGCAGCGGAGGCGGCUCGGGAGCAGGUGGCGGAGCUGGAGACGGAGAACAAGCGCCUGUGGCAGCUCGUGGAGCUCAUUCUCGAGCAGAAGGACAAGGCCGCGCUGGACGGGGGGGAUGGCGCUGGCAAGUUCGAUCCCACCACCAAUGCGCGCAUCAUGAAGGUGCUGGAGUCGGUGAAGAAACCUAGCCACAGGAGCUCGCCGUCCCCCAGCCGCCCGGCCACGGGCAGCAGCAGCAGGCGGGGGGGCAGUGGGGGGUCCAGGGAGUCAUCAUCCAAGGCGGCAGGGGACUCGGAGAGGGCGGGUGAGGCGGGCUCGCGCAGCAGCAGAUCGUCAUCGUCCAAGCAGGUCCGCUGGCUCCAUCCCUACGCACCGCGUGCUCUCGGCCUUCCUUUCGCCUCCAACAGCCGUGCGCUUUACGCGUGUCCCGUUGUGCCUCUCCCCCUCCCCCCCCCGUCGCGUGUGGCCAUGCCCGCUUCAACUCUCCCGUUCUCCGCGCCGCUCGCCCGGCUAUCCGCUCCGCUCUCCGCCUCCCACUCCCCCUCUCGCACGGCGCCCCUUCUCCCUUCUCUCCCGCCUCUCGAACUUCGCUCCUCCCUCCGCCUCUCGCGCUCCCCCACGCCCGCGCUACACUCCGCGCCUUGCCACACUUCACGCUCCUCCCGCUGUUCUGCUGGCGAGGGUAUGGCGACGGCGUCGCAAUCACCGCCUGACGCGGGCAGCAGGCCACGUGUCAUCAAGCUAGAGGCGAUCCCGCUGACCCGCGAGGCGUUCGCGCCGUUCGGCGAGGUGGUGGAGCCCGCGGAGGACGGCGUCGCGUUCGGCGCGGCGGACGCCGCCCUCGACCUGUCGCAGGGCGCGCCCAGGGUGUACAUAAUGCGGCUGAGGGAUCGGAAGCUGGGGUUUGAGAGCAUCACGCACCACGCGCGCGUGACGCAGUGCCUGGGCGCCGUGGGCGGGCACCCGUGGUUCCUGGGCGUGGCGCCGCCCUCCGUCGUUGAUGGGGAGGAUGGUGAUGGUGGCGCUGAUGGUGCGAGCAGAGGUGGUGAGAGGCAUGGCAUGGAGGGAGAGGCAUGGAGGAAGAGGCAUGUGGAGGUCCAGUGUGUGUGCUGGCUGCGUGUGUGUCAGCUCUGCCGUUCCUCUCUGCCCCCUUGGGAUUGCCGCCACCGCAUGCUCGCCGUCCUUCACUUCCCCCCCUCCCUCCCUUCCCCAACCCCCACGCUUCCCACCGUGCUCGCCCCCUUGUACACACGCCACGCCAUCGCUCAUUCCUUGCCCCUCCUCGCCCUCGCCUCCCUCUCAUGCGCCGUGCCUCUGUCUCUCUCCCCCUGCCUCCCUCCCCUCCUCCCUCGCGUUGCCGGCAGCAGGGCGGUGAAGCAAGGGGCGGCGGGGCAGAGGUACCGCGUGCCAGAGGUGGGGGCGGUGAGGGUGUUCCGCAUGGAGGGCGCUGUGGUGGUGAAGCUGCAUGCCGGCACGUGGCACGCGGGGCCGCUCUUCACCCAACCCUGCAUGGACUUUUUCAACCUCGAACUGGGGGUGAAGGGGGAGAGCGGUGGUGGUGAAGCUGCAUGCCGCCACGUGGCAUGGCAUGCGGGGCCGCUCUUCACGGCGCCGUGCAUGGACUUCUUCAACCUCGAGCUCCGUGACACCAACGUGGUGGACCACACAACGCACAGCUUUGCUGACAGCAACGGCGUGGUGUUUGAAUUCGACGAUGCACGCUGUGUGACGGAUGGGCUGCUUGCACCCAACCCAUGUGCGGCGCCUGUCGCACAUCACUGUAGACCAGGCCCCUAA